AUGCGCCGCGAAAGACGAAAACAGCGGGAUGCUGCUCACGCCCAAGCAAACAAAGACCACCGACAUAGCCCGCGACCUGGCGACGAGCCAUUACCACCGCCCUCUCAGCCCAUGGGCUGGGACGAUCCGAUGAAUCCCAGAUCUGGGGCACAGGCGGGACCACCAGAGCGUGUCCCAAAAUUUGGGUCCACGACAACCGUGACGUCGGAAUCUCAGAAUCGACGCCAGGCCAGUAACCCCAAUACCGCCUCCUUCGGACAGCGGAUGCGUCACCAGUUUGGCAGAGGGAAAGCAGAGCCUAUCCAGAGCCGGCCGGCAUGGAACGGGGCCAGCGGACGAGAAACACAAGUCUCGCCUGUUCGAGAUGACCUAAAUGCUGCUCCUCUAAAAAUUCCGCCUAAGAGUGCCAAACGGAAUGAGCGUGUCAGAACCCCUGUGAACUUACCAGUCUCGGAUAUCAAUGAAGGGGCUUCUGCUGCAGCCACUGCUGCAGUUCGGAGGCUGAUGCCAAUAAAGACGGCCCAAACUGCAGACAGAUCGAGGGGUAACAGUCCUGCAUUCGAAACUCCGAAGUCCGGUGUUCCCAUUACACCUCACGCGUAUGCAAAACCUACGCAAAUUGCAGCAUCACCUCAGCAGUGGCCGCCCCGAGACUCGUCAAUGUCCACACCAUCCCCUGCCGCAGCACCCUCAAAUCUUAAUAAUCCGGCAAAUGAUGAUGAUGAUGAUGAGGCCACUUGGAGACGGCUGGCUAGUGGAGAUCCAUUUGGGCGACAGCCCCCUCCACCACCACCUCCCCCGCCAAGGGAUGAAUGGUCCCCGGAGACUGUUCCAUCCAACUCUGAUGAAGAGGAGGAGGUCGAGUUACCCAUCAAGAGCAUGCCCAUCGUGUCAGUCAUGGAACGCAAAAGACCGAUUCCCGGACGGAAUAGUCCUGCUGCAAUGCUGGACAACGCUAUUGUCAUCUCUCUCAAGACGGCAACAAUCGCCGAAGCAGAGGCCGAAAAGGAGGCAGAGGCGGAGAAGGAGCUGCCACCAGUGCCUCCUGAACCACUUGAACCUGAGGAUCGCAUUACCUUCCUCAGCUCUCAACUGGAGAGCCUUGCAAUUCGACGAGUUAACCUGAGUAAAAGCAUCAAACAGUUGACCGAGUUAAUGCCCAAGGACAUGUUGAUUGUCAGUGCCGAAGUACAGCGAAAGCGCGAGGAGGAAAAGAGAAAGGUCGAAGUCAUGAAGCAAGAACUCUCAGACAUUCAACAACAAGAAUACGUGCUUGGCUUGAAAUUACAUCGUGCCUAUAGACGACAAGAUCGAGAGUUGGAACACAACACCGGAACACUAUGGGUGAGACGGGUCACAGGUUAG